AUGACGAAAGCGGAAAACACAGGGGACGCCGGCGAAAGGGCGCCAAAUUCCAGAGUAUUUAAAGAAGAAGUUGGAGAUGAGAAGAUUAGACCACUUGAGAAAGGCUAUAUUCCCAUUGAACAAAGUCUGAAAACACUCAAUAGAAGAGAGCUUGCUAUUAAGUUAACAUCCUCUGCAAAUGUACUAGAUCGUAAGAAAAUCCACAGUGGAAAAGUUGUUGUUGUGACUGGAUCUACAUAUGGAAUUGGGCUAGCUAUAGCACGCCGCUUUGCAGAGGAUGGGGCACACGUGCUAUUAUCUAGUCGCCUUCAGAAGAAUGUGGACGUAGCUGUAAAGCAACUUCAAGAGGAGGGCCUGAGUGUUACUGGAAUAGUUUGCCAUGUGGGUAAUAGAGAAGACAGAAAAAGACUACUGACAAAGGCUCUGGAACAUCAAGGAAAAGUUGACAUCCUUAUCUGCAAUGCAGCCGUCAACCCUUUUGUUGGUCCACUUAUGGAAACCACGGAGGAGAUGUGGGAAAAGGUGUUCCACGUUAAUGUGAUUGCAACCUUCCUUAUGAUAAAGCUACUGGUACCUCACAUGCCAAAAGAAGGGUGA